AUGAACGUUAUACGAUAUAUUUUAUUACUCGUUACCUUUAUCAUCUUGGCAGUAAAUUCUUUUCCAAUCCAAGAUUCUUCUGAAAACGCUACAAUGAUACCAAUGAUGCCAAUGAUGCCAAUGACGCCGAUGACAAUGAUGCCUAAACCAACCUGCACUUCUAAUUGUCAAUAUCCUUAUCAUACAUAA